UCUCCGUGUGUGUUCGAGCGGGAAAUUAACGACCUGAACUUCCCGUGAAAGCUGUAAAGAGCUGCGAGCUGGUAUCGAGAAAAUCACACUUCUAUUAUUGUCGACGGACGAGGAUAUUUGAAAAGUAUGAACAUAUACUUUUGUGGAAGCAUCCGAGGAGGGAGACAGGACGUGAAUAUUUACCAGAGAAUAGUGAAGAAAUUACAGCAGUAUGGCAAGGUUUUAACAGAGCAUGUCAGCUAUGACAGUCUGUCUGAAAAGGGUGAAGAUGCAGUUUUGGAUGGAGAUAAAGCGAUUCAUGAUCGAGAUCUGGAGUGGCUGGUGAUGUCUGAUGUGAUAGUAGCUGAGGUGACACAGCCGUCAUUAGGAGUUGGUUAUGAACUUGGCCGAGCUGUGGCAAUGAACAAGAGGAUUCUCUGUCUCUUCAGACCUUCUUCUGGAAAAGUGCUGUCUGCCAUGAUCAGAGGAGCAUCAACAAACUCCCUUUUCCAUGUACAGGACUACACAGAGGAUGAAGUCGAGAGUUUCUUGGAGAAAUAUUUUGAUAGUAUCACCAAGAAGUGAUGAGUGACAACUAUAUGCUGCUCCUCUCAUUUUAGAAAUUCAGUAGGACAAUCUUCCUUUGGUGGCCAUAAGCAUUUUACUUCACAUUUGCAGUAAAAAUGUAAAUUAAGCAGUGUAUUAAGUACAUAUGAAUAAAUCUGUUACUUGGGGUCAUAUAAAUAAAUGGCAGUACAUAAAUAUCAAACACUUGGGGGUCUCCAGAAACAGGGUUGAGAAACACAGCUCUAGGGUAUCAUUGUUUGGUGCAACAUUAAGGUUUGUCCUCCGAAAUAACUGAGAUAACCAGACAGAUUAAUUAGAAGGUGAUUUCCACUUACUUUUGGUCAUAUCCUGUAAUGCAUUUACCAGUUUUGCAGAUGUUUUGAAUUGUCCACCAGGGGUCACUUGUUGUCUUUUUUAGGACAUUAGAAAAGAAGAUGAAUAAAUUAAUCAUUUUUCAGGCCUAACCCUUAAAAAGUCUUAAGUCGCCCUUACACAAAUGAAGGCCUUAAAAAGGUCUUGAAUCAAAGCAGAAAGUCUUAAAGUUCUGGCAUUAAAUGUUGCAUGCAUUGCAAAAAAAAGUGUAUAUCUUCCUCAAUAUUUUUGUCCUGUUUUUCAGUACAAAUAUAGAAACAUCUUUGAUACAUUUACUUAGUAUGCAAAUGUAAAAUAAAGUCUUGAAAAACAAAAUGAAGUGAGUUUAUGCUUAAAACAAGAAUAAAUAUCUGUCUAAGAGUUUCCCUUUGAAUUAAGUUGGCAGAUAUUUGUUUAAGUAAAACUAGUUUUGAUCAAUUUCACAGAGAACAAUACAUAAUAUUUUGUCAUUCUGUAUCUCCAGUAUAAUGCAUUUUGAUUUAACAAUCUUUUUAGACAAUUGCGCUGGAAAACAGACAAAAAUACAGAGGAAGAACAUGACAUUUUUGCAGUGUGUUCAGAAGAUACAGUAAAAGUUAUGUCCAUAUUCAAGUGGUUGAGAGCAAGCUCCUUUUUUUGUAAAAUGAAUUAAAAAGUAAUGAAUAUCUGUUGGAAGUUGAAUUUUCAAACUUUGUUGCUAAUACAACUUGUUUCUAAUUAUAACCUAAUUAUUAACUAUAAUGACUAUUAUUAAAAUAAUAGCAAUUUUUAGCAUAGAUAUAAAUAAGAUAAUUGCAUAGAUAAUUUAUUCAUCGCUCCUGGUAUUUAAAGACAUUUUUGUAGUUGAUGAACUUGAGUCUGAAUGAUUUAGACAAUGGGUUCAACUAUUACACAGUUAAAAACUUUAAUACACACAGUUCUGUAUAAAAAUGCACAUUACAAUAAAAAAACAAAUAUACAUUUCACCAAUAAAUUACAUAAAUAAAUAAUAUUUGCUCUUAAGAA